GCUGAUAGUUGAGAGCAUUAAAACUCAUUAAAAACAAUACGAUACACAUUAUAUUAUCUUCAAUUCUUGAUCAUCUUCAAUUCUUCAUUAUACCGUACCAUUUCUUCCUCCUUAGAAUUAGUUUGAGAGACAAUGGCUUCACCAAUGGACUUUGAUCAGCCUCCCAAUUCACCUGUUUCUUCAGCUCCAUCUUUCGCCAUAAGACCAAAUAAUCAUAACACCACCUUCUUGAGAAGUAUUUCCACAAAAGAACCCUCAAAUUUCACCGAAGAACUAACGUAUAGCCCGCUACGCUUAAGCACUUCUGUUCUUCCUUCCAAUACAUACAACUCUCAGCCUUCAACUCCUCGCCUUUCGUUCACACUCAACAACAAUCCCACAAAGUCUGUCGACGAUCAUGACUUUCAUCAUCAAACCACUUAUAGGUGCAUUUCAUCUGUCCUUAAAAAGGACGGACAGAUCUUGUCCGUGGCUUUAUACAACGGCCUUGUGUACACGGGGUCUCAGGCAAAUGUAAUACGCGUGUGGAAGUUGCCUGAGUUUACUGAGUGUGAUCAUCUUAAGACGAGAGCGUCUAUGGUGGUUUCGUUACAAGUGUCGAAUGAUAUGGUUUAUGCUGCCUAUGCUGAUUGUAAGAUUAGGGUGUGGCGUAGGACUUGGGAAGGAGCUAUCAAGCAUGUUCGAGUUGCGACUAUUCCGAAGGUUGGAAGUUAUGUCCGGAGCUAUAUCUCUGGUAGAGAUAAGAUGAUGAAGCAUAUGGGACCAAUAUCUUCACUGGCAAUUAACAUAUCAGAUGACAUUCUUUAUUCAGCUUCCCUUGAUAAAACAGUAAAAGUAUGGAGAAUUUCGGACCUCAAGUGCAUAGAAACAAUCCAAGCCCAUAACGAUCCGAUAAACGCCAUUGUUGUUGGUGACGAUGGUGUCCUUUAUACUGCUUCUGAUGAUGCCACGGUCCGAGUAUGGAGACGAAAUUUCUGCAGUGGAGAUAGGCCACAUUCCCUCACUGUGACUCUACCAGCAAAAUGUUCACCAGUAAAGACAUUAGCCUUAACAAAUGAUGGUGGGGUACUUUAUGGAGGGUGCAGUGAUGGUUACAUUCAUUAUUGGCUGAAAGGUUGGUUCUCAGGGCAAUUACAAUAUGGUGGUGCACUUCUUGGACACACACAUGCUGUGAUGUGCUUGGCCAGUAUUGCUAAUUAUUUGGUCAGUGGCUCAGCUGACUCAACAUGCAGGGUGUGGUUAAGGGAGCAACAAGAUUGUCAACAUGUAUGUGUGGCCAUUUUGCAAGGUCACAGAGGGCCUAUUAGGUGUGUUACCGCAUUCCCUGGACGAGUGAACGAGGAGACCGAUGAUGGUUGCACAAUUUGCACAGGAAGUCUUGAUGGAGUCCUCAAGAUGUGGCGUGUGAGACGCACCAGCAGUAGCUAUAAGGGCAAAGGUUCUUCACAGAAUGUUUGUGAAUAUUUUGAGAUGGCUUAAAUCAGGAGGACCCUUUAAUUUUUCUUGCAAGAUGUGUUAUUUCUAACUAGAGACGGAUCCAAAAUUUAAAUAACAGUGCAGACAUAGUAUUAGUAUCACUGACUUUCCAACUGUUUGUGACAAUAUUUAGGUACACAUUCGCCCUGUUUUCAACUUUGACAUAGAGAGAGUAGAAGAUGCCAAUGAAUUCUUUACACCCUGUCUUCACGGAUUAUAGUUCAACUUUCCUUUUAAUCUGUAUUAAUUCUAAAUUUACUAUCGGUUGACUCUGUAAUUCACUCUAUAUAGUUUUUCUAUUUUUAUCAUUGAGUGGUUGCUCAUUGUACUGAAUCCAGAUCAAAUAAUAUUUCCGCGGAGUUUAUGUUU